GUAUGUACGUAUGUAUGUGUGACCCCUCUAUUGCCUAAUAUACAGUAUUAUAUGACAGAUGUUAACUAAUACAAGAAAAAAAAUUAUCACCCAAUUUGAUCCCAUUAUUUUCAACAAUAACAACAACAUAAGCAAUAGUAACUCAAUGGUAUUGUCGAUGAUGAGUGAUUUGAAUUGAUGUCUUGUAAUCUCUUGUAAUUAUUGUCAAACGAUGGGCUUAUUGAAGAUAAUCCGCAAAAUCAAACAAAAGGAGAAAGAGGUCCGACUUUUGGUUUUAGGACUCGACAACUCCGGCAAAACAACAAUCUUGAAGAAACUUAACGGCGAAGACGUUCACACAAUAUCACCAACUCUUGGAUUUACGAUAUCGUCAUUUGAACAUAAAAAUCUUAAACUGAACGUAUGGGACGUCGGCGGACAAAAAAGUUUGCGCGCCUUUUGGCGCAACUAUUUUGAGGCCACCGAUGGCCUUAUCUUUGUUGUCGACAGUUCAGAUACUUUGCGUCUGAACGAUGCCAAAGAGGAGCUAAAAAAUCUUCUACAAGAAGAACGUCUAUUGGGCGCAACUUUGCUAGUGUUGGCCAACAAACAGGAUCUGUCCGGUGCUUUAAAUUGUCAGACAAUUUGCGAACUGUUAGAAGUGGACUCAAUUAAGACACAUCACUGGAAAAUUGUUGGCUCGUCUGCCUAUACGGGACUCAAUCUAUUGUCGGCCAUCGAUUGGCUUUUGGAUGAUAUCGCGUCCAGAAUUUUCAUCAGUGAUUAAGUUAUUAUUAUCGUAAAAAAACAUACGUUAAAUAAA